GUUUGUGUUUGUAUGUUUGUACUGUUUAUGUUGUAUAUUGUAUAUGUCUUGUUUGCAUCGUUUGCAACAUUUAGCAAGCUCAUGUUUAAGCUUUCUUGUUCCAAAUUACGUAGGCUGAAGAACAGAUACUGAAUGCCCUCCGAUCUGUCUCUACCUUGAUUCUCCUCUCCUAUCUCUUUUCUCCCGAGGGAUCCUAUUGCUAUUUGUUCAGUAUAUGAUAGUCUGGUUCUGGCGAAUUGAGGCGGUUGCUCAGUGUUCACAAUGGCCGAUGCCGGUGGUUGGAGCACUAUCGAGUCGGAUGAGGGGGUUUUCACUUCUCUGAUUGAGAAUCUUGGAGUCAAAGAUGUACAAUUCGAAGAACUCAUAUCUUUGGACGCGGAUACAAUACGCUCAUUGAGCCCAGUCUACGGCGUCAUCUUCCUUUUUAGAUGGACCCGCGAAAAGACCUCCAACCCUUCCACCCCGCUAGACGGUUCCUACGACCCUUCUGCGACAGAAAACGGCGUAUUCUUCGCAGCCCAAACGAUCCAAAACGCCUGCGGCACUCAAGCUAUUCUCUCCGUCAUUCUGAACCAAGACACACCCUCCUCGACCCCCUUCCCCAUUGACAUAGGCACGGAGCUCCGUUCCUUUAAGGACUUCACCGCCGCCUUCCCUCCCGAGCUUCGCGGGGAGGCUCUCUCCAACUCCGAGAUCGUCAGGACCGCGCAUAAUGCAUUUGCUCGCGCUUCCCCGUUUGUCGAUGAGACGGCCCGCGUCGCGCCGGACGAAGAGGCGGAUGUCUAUCACUUCAUCGCGUAUACCCCUGUGAAUGGCGUGUUGUAUGAAUUGGACGGGUUGCAGCCUCAUCCCAUCAGCCACGGCACGUGCGACGCGGAGUCCUUCCCCGAGAAAGUCAUCGAGGUCCUUCAGCGGCGGAUCGCUAGAUAUCCCGAGGGAGAGACGAGGUUUAAUCUCAUGGCUGUCGUGAGAGAUUUGAGGGUCCGCGCUAGAGAAAUCGGGGACGUCGAGUUAUUGGAGCGCGAGGAGAGGAAGAGGAGGGCUUGGGCUUGGGAGAAUACAUUACGGAGGUGGAAUUUCGUGGGGUUCAUUGGGGAGAUGCUGAAGGGUGUUGUUGGCAUGAAGGAGAGGCAGGGUGAGGAGGCCUACAAGGCUUGGGUUGAUACGGCGAAGGCCGAGACUAGGAAGAGAUUGGAGAAGAGGAGAGGCGGCAGCGGUCUCUCUGAUUGAGUUAUUCGGUUUGAUGCCGAUGUCAUAUUACCUAGACGUUCUGAUGAUUUUUUUCUCCUUUUCCUGUAUUUCUAUAUAGCAUAUACCAUGUGGAAUACAGCAUAGUAGGAUCUUC